UAGUUUUCACUUCAAAACAGUUAACUUAGUUGUUGCUUUACAAUGAAAUAAAAAACUACAAAUCCCACAAAUUCAAAUACCGUUAAGGACAACAUGGCGUCCUGCGUUGCAAACGAGUUGCUUCAUAAAAUAAAACAAUUAUCAAUAUUAUUGCCCAUAAAUGUUUGUUUACGUAGACGAUGUAGCACAUCCAGCAAACAACGCGACAGCCAGCGUCAUCUCACAACCAAGAGCUCUUCAGAGAAGCUUGUUGGAGUUGUUGGCUUGGAAAUUCAUGCCCAGAUUUCCUCCAACAGCAAGCUCUUCUCUGGCUCUCCGGUUUGUUUCUCAGCUCCUCCAAACUCCCAGGUUUCGUUCUUUGAUGCAUCACUCCCCGGUACUUUACCAGUUCUCAACAGGCGAUGUGUUGAAGCAGCAGUGAUGACCGGACUGGCUCUUAACUGUACCAUUAAUAAGAAGUCCCUUUUUGACAGGAAACACUACUUUUACGCUGACCUUCCUGCCGGAUACCAGAUCACUCAGCAACGCCGGCCCGUUGCAGUCGACGGCGUGCUGACUUACAGCUUCCUUGGAGGGAAGAAGAGAAGCCAGGUGGUGAGGAAGCACGUGCAGAUCAAGCAGAUCCAGCUGGAGCAGGACAGCGGCAAGAGUCUGCACGAUGACGUCCACAGCCAGACGCUCAUAGAUCUUAACAGAGCAGGUGUAGGUCUAAUGGAGCUGGUGAUGGAGCCAGACAUGAGCUGUGGAGAGGAGGCUGCUGCAGCUGUCAGAGAGCUUCAGCUCAUCCUGCAAGCCCUGGGUACCUGUCAGGGCAACAUGUCUGAGGGCCAGCUGAGAGUGGAUGCUAAUGUGUCUGUACACAGACCAGGAGAGCCGCUGGGAGUCAGGACGGAGGUGAAAAACAUCAACAGCAUCCGAUAUCUGGCCAGGGCUAUAGACUACGAGAUCCAGAGACAGAUUGGUGUCAUGCAGAGAGGAGGGACGGUGCACAAUGAGACCCGGGCAUAUGAUUCCAAAUCAGGGGAGACCAUCCCAAUGAGGGACAAAGAGGGACUCCAGGAUUACCGGUUCAUGCCGGAGCCCAACCUGCCCCCUCUGAUUGUAUUCGAGGAUAACGCUACACUGCCCCCUGGCGUGGACUCCAGCCAGGUGGUGGUGGUGCAGAAGAUAAAGGAAGGGCUGCCAGAGUUACCCAGCGUCAAAAGGGAGCAUCUGGUGCAGGCGUACGGCAUCCUGCCAGAGCACAGCUUCACUCUGGUGAAUGAGGAAGGGCUGAUGGAAUACUUUGAGGAGGUGAUGAAGGCGACCAGGAAGGAGCCCAGGAAGGUGAUUGGCUGGGUGAUGAACGAGCUGUUGGGUCAGCUCAAGCAGCAGGACAUGAGUGUAAGCCAGAGCCCGAUCUCUCCAGCUGCCUUGGCCGAGCUGCUGGAGCUGCAGGAAACAGGACGCGUCUCCUCUUCAGGUGCCAAGCAGGUGUUCCAGGUGAUGUGGGGCUCAUCAGGUAAGACGGCCGAGCAGGUCAUCCAGGAGCAGGAUUUGGGGCUUGUGAGUGACGCCACACAGCUGCACAACAUCUGCCAGAAAGUGGUGGAUUCUCACCCAACAGAGGUUCAUGCCAUCCGAAAUGGAAACGCUAAAGUUCUGAACAAGCUAAUGGGCCUGGUUCAGAGGGAACUCAGAGGGAAAGCUGACCCAGUCCUGGUGAUGGAGAUCCUGAAGCAGAAGACUCGCGGUGGUGGGUGCUGAGGACAUCGUUAUGGCUAAAAUAUGAACAUUUAAAAUGUAAUUAGACAACAAAUCUGUGUGUGUAUAUGUUUGUGUUGAAAACUAAUAAAGUUGCUUCAUCACA